AGUAGGAAGUUUCGGGCCAGUUGCAAAGUUCCAAGGAGCGGCUGCCGGGGGGCCUCCGGGGCGAGCCAGCAGAAGACGGCCACAUGGAGGCCGACAGCAGAAGCGGUCCCGGGAUGGCCAACAACCAGGUGAAGAACCUCCAGAAUGAGGUGGAAGGUGUAAAGAAUAUCAUGACACAGAAUGUGGAGCGGAUUCUGGCCAGGGGAGAGAAUCUCGACCACCUACGCAAUAAGACAGAGGACCUGGAGGCGACGUCAGAACAUUUCAAGACUACCUCGCAGAAGGUGGCACGCAAAUACUGGUGGAAGAAUGUCAAGAUGAUCGCCAUAAUAUGCGUCAUCGUUGCUAUCAUCCUUGUUCUGAUUAUCCUCUUUGCUACUGGCACGAUCUAAACUUAAGCCUUCUUCUUAGCCUUGGAUGUUCUUUGUGUCUUCUGUACCACCUUCUCCCUUACUUGCUGAAAUUUCUAACUGAACCACUUGGCUGAGCGCUGCCAUCAAAGGGCUUUCAGCGUUCCCUCAGGAUACCACCCCUCACUUGCGUCCACGUUGUGCAGAGGGGUAUCCCAUCACCCUCCCUGCUGUCCUACUUUUCCUUUCCUCAGCCUCACAAUAACAAGGUGUACUGCUAGGCAGGAAUAAUAUCUCUUGCACCCAGGUAGGUUUUCAAAGCUGCCUGGGCCUUGCUGAGCAAUAGGCUACAGAUUUGGUGGGGUGUUUUUUUGGUGCAAGCUGUUACUGCUGAUGCAAGUCUAUGUCAAGCAGUUCUGUUCUCUUCCCUCCCCCCUUCCACCUUGGCAUAUCCAAAUUCUGAUUCUGUGGAUUAUAAUCUAUCCCCAUCCUUUACCAGAAGGCCUGUGUAUAGAUCUAGUAUCCUAAAUUUUGUGUCUAUGGGUGGGUACCUGUAUAGAGUUGCUGUCAUUAUGGUGGAGUGGGGAGGAUUUCUGUCUUUCAAAAAUAAAAAUGGGAGGGCAUUACUGAUUCAUGUCUGUUUUCUGGUCUCUUGUGAACACUUUGGAGGAGGCUGUUUUUAAAAAAUGUGGGAAGCUGGCAUCUCUUGUCUCUUUCUUAAAGGUGUUUUGGAUUCCUUCUUCUUCCUGAGUGGCAUAGAGUCCUGGAUCUUGAUCCCUAAGCAGUGAAAGAGCAGGUGUUUCUCCCAGGAUUGCAACUAUCAUGGGAGAAGUUAUUUUUU